AUGCUGCAGAAGUAUCUACGUACGCAACCCUUCCCCAACUUCUUCCUCGCCGAAGACUGGAUUCCUCCCAAGCAUCCCGACACCACCAUCAAUCUGAUAGCCAACGACGUCACUCUCGCAAUCAUCAACUCCAAUACACUUUUCUCAGCUCCGAACAUGUCAGAACGUAAAGUCAUUUCCAAGUACUACCCGCCCACCUUUGACCCUAGCCGGCUGCUACCGGUACGAUACAGGGGGAAGGCAGCUGCACCGGAGGGGCAACAAGUCCGAUGGGCGGCACCCUUUUCGAUGCAAUGCAUUUCAUGCGGCGAGUAUAUCGGAAAGGGGCGCAAGUUCAAUGCCAGGAAGCUGACACUAGACGAGAGUUACCUGGGUGCUAUCCACAUCUACCGCCUCUUCAUUCGUUGCACACAAUGUUCGCGAGAAAUCACUCUUAGAACCGCUCCCCAAGCAAGCGACUACGUCUGCGAGACUGGCGCCAAGCGGAUCACGGAACCAUGGCGCGUAGGCGAUGACAAAUUCAACGACACAGCAGACGGGCGCCCAGAUCGACUAGAGCGAGAGCACGAGAAACGCGAGAACACCGAAAAGACCAUGAUGGAGGAUCUCGAAGAAGAAGCCGUCGCAAACGAGACACGCAUGGCUGUCGCCGAUGCGCUGGACGAAGUCCGCGCCCGAAACGCCCGACUGGAAAGGCUUCGUCGAGAUGGGAUCACUGUGGGUAAGGACGCUGCUGUGGCGGCGGACCAGAAGGAUCAAGAGGACGCAAGGCGCGCAUUCUAUUUCCAUGCGAAGACUAAAGCGCAGUCAGAGGGCCAUAUUGACACUCACUCCCUCGCCAGAUCGAGACGGCCUCCGAAGCAGAACAAGUUGCUGCCAGGGCUGAAGCAAGCGCAAGCAAAUGCGCCGCCCACAAAUUACUCGUUGGUGGACUAUGGCUCUGACUCUGACUGA